AUGCCGCAACCCGGGCGCCUCAGACAACUGUGGUUUAGGUGGAAGGCCCUCGACCUGCCCUGGCGCAAGCAAUGGCUACGUGGCUUUGACCUGGCGGGCAACAGCUUCUGGGAGUUCAAGGAGACCUACGGCGCCCAGCGCUUCCGUCGCAUCGUCAAGUACAGCCGCCGCAUCCACUACGGCGACGUUAAAUUGACCCCACAAUGGAUCCAAUGGCUCCGUCACACCCGGUCCGACCCGCCCACUAUCGCCGAACAGCAACUCGAUGAGAUCCGCCAGGCGCAGCUGAAGCAGCUCGCUGCCGCCGCUGAUGCCCGCUGGGCCGCCAAGCCCUCCGCUCUAGACCCCCCGCCGCAACCUGAACCCGCUCCACAGCUUCAGUCGCGUGAUCCGGCAGCCAACGCGCCGCAGACAGAGCCUGAAGAAAGAGAAGGGGUGCGCAACGUUGCGGCUGCGCCGAACGAAGUGAAGGCCAGCAUGGAGGACCAGGAGAACGUGGAUAAGGGGCGCUCUAAAGGCGAGAAGAAGAAGGAGAAGACGCCUUCACCGUGGGAUGAAGCAAAAAGUCAGGAGUGGCAACCCGCACCCUGGACACCAAAAAUCGCGCGGAGGAGGGGAUGA